AUGAACGUUACAGAAGAUCAAAAGAUAACUGUUUCUAUUAUUCAAAGUUAAGUUAGAAUCACUAACAGCGAUCAAUAUACUAAAUAAAUCACUUUUGAAAAGGCGUUUUUAUUAGGGAAUAUGAGCGAGCAAGAUAUGGCUCAAAGGAAAUAAGAAAAUCCAAAUUUAACCCUUAUUUAGAUUCAAGAUUAAUAACUGAGUCGAUACCAUUUAAAGGUUGAGUAAAAGGACAACAAACUAUAUAUAAAUGAUUUAGGGAGUAUCAAUGGAACAUACUUGUGCAAUCCUGACAAUCCUGAAGACUAUGAAUUAGAAAUAGAAAAGGAGUUCAUAGUUGAAGAUACAACUAUGCUAGUUACAAAAAGAAAUAACAACUCAUCUGAUUUUUGUCUUUAUGUUUUAGAUGGGUAUUUAAGUGGAAACGAAUUUAAUUGUAAAUGCAACAAUUAAAAUUCAUUUUUCUUUCAAAGAGGAGACAUAAGAUAAUAAAUGAUCAAUUAUAAUGAAGUUAACUAUUCAUUGGUUGUAUGCACAGAUGUUAAAUAAAAAGACAAAUAUAAGAACUAAUCAUUAGACACUUUGGAAAUUAAAUGGGAUGAAAAAACAAAAAAACUUAUAGUACAGAAAAACGAAAAGCUUAAAUAUUGGAUUAGAAUUAGUAAAUAUCCAUUUCCAGGAUAAAAAAUUAAGUAAUAUGACAAGGCAGUUUUAAGGCUAGGAAACAGAUGCUUAGUUUAAAUUAAUCCAUCAAAUGACUGA